AUGGUCCUCUCCAGGUCGCUGCUUGCCGCAGCCUCCGCGUUGUUCCUUGCGUUUCCGACCGAAGCUGUCGAGGGAACUUCAGAGCUGCAGAGCGUCUUGAAGAACACCCACGGAAGCUCGGAAUACAAGUAUCCCACCGACUUCACAAGGGGGAUUCUGCCUAUCCCGGUUCAUUCCCACAAUGACUACUGGAGAGACGUACCUUUUUACACGGCUCUCUCGCAAGGUUGCAUUUCAGUUGAAGCUGAUGUGUGGCUAUACAAUGGCACUCUCCAUGUUGGCCACGACGAGUCAUCAUUAACUGACCAGCGCACAUUCGAGUCACUCUACAUCAACCCCAUUCUCGACGUGCUUGAGCGUCAGAACCCCAAGAGCAAAUUCCUAACGGGCCCGACCACCAAUGGUGUCUUCGAUACCGAUACAGAUCAAACGCUCUACUUGUGGGUUGACUCCAAGACAUCCGGCCCCGAAACAUUCAAGGCCGUCAUCGAAGCUCUGGAACCACUUCGCAAGAAGGGCUAUUUGACAACCCUUAAGAGCAAUGAAACCCUCACUAAGGGCCCAGUGACCGUGAUCGGAACUGGCAACACGCCCUAUGAGAUGGUUGGCCCCGUCGCAGACCGCGACUACUUUUACGACGCACAGCUUGCUACUCUGGGGGACGCAGAAAAUGCUGGGAUCACAUCCCACAUCUCGCCCAUAGCAUCGGGGGAUUUCAGCUCAGCCAUCGGCGACCUCACGCUGGGCAAGGAUAGCGUACUGAGCGAUAAGCAGCUCGAGACUCUUCGAUCGCAGAUCUCUACCGCGACAGAGAAGGGUAUCCUUGCCAGGUACUGGGGCGCUCCUUCGUACCCGAUCAGGGCUCGCAACACUCUGUGGACCACUCUCAUCAACGAAGGUGUCGGGUUGCUGAACGCGGACGAUUUGGCUGCUGCUGCGCAGUAUUUCUAG